AUGUCUUGUGUCCAGCCUCUGAGAGAGUUCAUCAGCCGGCGGCUCGCUGCUGCCGCCACAGAAAUCUGCGCGGAGUUAGAAAAAACCCUCAUCCGGUACGAGGACCAGAUCCAUGGCCAGCGCAGACUGCUGGAACUCACCUGGAAACCUCAAAUGACCCUGAACGCAGCAGGUGGGGUGCAGGAGCAGCAGGACCGGAAGGACAAGCUAGUCGUUGAUCAGCAGAUCUUCAGACUCCAGGAAGCAGAACCGCUGCACAUGAAAGAGGAGCAGGAGGAGCUCUGUACCAGUCAGGACCAAGGCCAGCUCGCUCUGAACGAGACCCAUAUUUCCAUUGUGACUAUUAAUUUCGACGAAAGGGACCUUAGUGAUCAUGGGCUAAGUUGUCAGAACCUCCUCAUUCCAGAUACUACUGUAUCCAAGAGCAAAUAUCAGGAAGGGAUCGAUUGGUCCGGACCUGGACCAGAAAACAAAAAGGGAAACGACUUUGAUCGAGGUCAAAGAAAUGUUAUUGACAACUUUCCCAUGUCACAAAGUCACUGUAAUAUUAAAACAGAUACAAAUUCUAUCAAAUGUGACGUUUGUGGGAAAGCCUUUAAAAACAAGUAUCUUUUGAAAAACCAUCAAAGAACCCACACAGGUGAGCAGCACUAUUCUUGCAAGAGUUGUGAUAAAAGUUUUACCCAACUCAGUAAUUUGACAUACCACAUGAGAAUCCACACGGGUGAGAAGCCGUUUUCCUGUAACACCUGUGGGAGGAGUUUCAGUCAAAGUGGUAGCCUGACAGCUCACAUGAGAACCCACACCAGGCCAUAUCCCGGUAACAUGUGUGGUAAAAGUUUCCAAACAAAUGAUGACUUGUUGAGCCACAUUAGAAAUCACACAGCUGAGAGGCCAUAUUCGUGUAAAACAUGUGGUAAAAGCUUCAACAAAAGCUUUAACUUGACUGUCCACAUGAGAAUUCACACGGGUGAGAGACCUUAUUCCUGUACGAUGUGCAGUAAAACCUUUAAAAGAAGCGAUGACUUGUUGAGACACAGUAGAACUCACACCAAGAAGAGACCCUACUCCUGCACCAUGUGUGGUAAAGGUUUCACCCAAAGCUGUCAUCUGAUUGUCCACAGGAGAACUCACACAGGGGAGAGGCCGUAUUCCUGUGAAACAUGUGGGAAAUGUUUCAUUCAAAGCUUUAACUUGACUGUCCACAUGAGAACUCACACAGGGGAGAAGCCCUUCUCCUGUAACACUUGUGGGAAACGUUUUUUUGAAAAUCAGUCUCUGAAAAUUCACAUGAGGACUCACAUGGGUUAG